ACCAUAUAGACUCCAAUACAUUAUCAAAUUCCAAUACCAAUCCUGAGGAUAAUGAUACUUCUGAUGAAUCAUUAAGUGGUGAUAAUAUUAGUGUAAACAAUACAGAUGAUUCUAACAAAACUAAUGAUACUGACCAUUCUAAUAAUCUAAACUGUUCUAAUAAAAAGCCUUAUACUAAAAUACGAAAAAAUUCCAGUUGGGUUUGGCAGCAUUUUCGCAAAAGACAUCUGUCACAAAAAUGGAAAACACAUGAAAAUUGCACUGUAAUUAUAAAAAGUAAAAAGGUACCUAAUGGACAAUGGAAAUGUGAACAAAUUACUAAACCUGUCAAAACUAUUGAGGUAAUUGGACAGCCAACAAUUACCGAAAUGUUUCAUCAUGCUGCUAGACAAAAUACUCAUCAAAAAGAAUCUAUUGAUCAUGCUUUGAUAAUUUCAAUUACCAUUGACAAUGCCGCCAAUAUGAUUAAAGCUAUUAAUUUAAUAGGUAUAGAGCAGAUUUCUUGUACAGCUCAUAUAAUUCAACUUGCUAUUGGUAAAGGGUUAAAACCUGCAGAAAAACGGUUUCUCCAAAUUAAACAUGCUAUUAAAUUAAUGGAAGCAACUAUGAAUGCAGAUAGUGAUUAUAAUAUUCAUAAAAAUGCAAUUCGUCCAAAAUCCUUAAUGAUUACAAAAGAAGAGUAG